AUGGGUUUCGACACCGUUUGCAUCACAAAGUCGAUCAUAGAGUCUGCGUCGGGGGAAAACUGCAUCUUGUCCUACCUUGAUCCUCUUCAGCUUAAACUUCAGGAGUUGAUUCGUGACAAGAGGUUUUUACUUGUGUUGGAUGAUUACUGGAGUGAAGAGUACAGAGAUUGGGAUAUUUUGUCUUCUCCUUCCAGAGUUGGAGCGUUUGUUCAUUCACAUUGUGUGGAGACCUUAAGUGAAGACAACAGUUGGGAACUGCUUAAGCAAAGAGCAACUUCAGGUAGAAAUCUUACAUCUGAAUUUGAACGAAUUGGAAGAGAGAUAGCAAUAAAAUGCAAAGGGUUGCCUUUAGCAGCAAAGACUGAUCAUGACUUUGAAGUCAGUGAGUUGGUUUUUCUAUGGAUAGCUGAAGGAUUUGUGCAUCCCACCAGAAAUAUGGGGAUAGAAGAUCUUGGCUAUGACUACUUCAAGAAUCUACUCCAGAGGUCAUUUUUCCAAUUGUCGGGUGUUAAUGUUCGCGGUGGAGAAGUGUAUAAGAUGCACGAUCUUAUUCACAGCAUGGCUCAGCAACCAAGAGUGUUAGAGGGCUACCUUUGGUAUGAGAAUCUGAGAACGCUUAAAGUCAUGUCUUUAUGUGGCGGCAGUAUUGAAGUUUCAUACCUUCUUUUUUUAAAAUUGAAGUCUUUGAGAGUGUUGGAUUUGAGUCGCACGGGCCUUGUUGAGCUGCCUGAGUCCAUUGAGAACUUGAAAUAUCUGCAUUAUCUCAAUCUAUCUGAGAAUGCUGGCUUCACCAGACUGCCAAGAAAUAUGAAGAAAAUGGUUAGUUUGCAGUAUCUUCAUAUGGACUUAAAGCAGCUCAAUGAAAUGCCAUCAGAGUUGGGAAAGUUGGUCAAUCUUCAAUCUCUAUCUGCAUUUAUUGUGGGAAGAACUGAGGGUCAUGGCAUUCAAGAGCUUAAUAACAUGAAGUUCUUGAGAGGAUGUCUUUCUAUCAAGAAUCUCGACAAUGUGCCAACUGUGGACGAGGCCAAGAAAGCUAUGCUUCACACGAAACCAUUUCUUGACCGGCUUGAAUUUGAAUGGAAUGGAUGUGGAGACAGUAACCAUCAUGAGCAAAUUCUUCAUGGUCUUCAACCACAUGAAAAUUUGAAGGAGCUACUCCUCACCAAUUAUAAUGGUUUUUCAUUGCCGGGAUAUUUGAAAUCUCUUACAAUCGAUGACAUGCCUAAUUGGUCUCAAGUUAACCAAGAUUUUUCUGGUUUUCAAUCGUUGGAGUAUCUCGCAAUGAAGAACAUUCCAAAUUUGGUUUCAUGGUGUAUGUUCCGUGGCAGCCGGUUCCCUCGCCUUCACACCCUUCACAUUAAUGAUUGUCUGAUGCUUAUCACUCUGCCGUUGCUUGUGGAUGCUAGUCGUUUUCAUUCGUUGGAAAUUAAUCAAUGUCCUGAAAUUCGUUCGUUGCCACAUGAUGGUCUCCCUGGUUCUCUUGCAGUUGUGACAAUUUCAGACAGUGGUCUUCUCACAGAUAGAUGCAGAGUGCAAGAAGGUGCAGAUUGGCAUAUGAUUAGAUCAGUUCCAAAGAUUGUUAUUGAUGAAGCGGCGAAUUUUUGA